AUGGCCGCAGAACCGCGCCAGGGUGAUACAGGAGGUGAGAUCUUCGUGCAGGCUCUGAAGCAGGUGCACAUUGGACUGAUGGUUUAUGUGCUGCUGAUGGUGGGUGUGCUUGGCGCGAGGGGUUCAGAGUUUGGGCUGCCUCUGGUACCGCUGCUGUUUGUGGUGAUGUGGUCCUUGCAUGGCCUAGAUGGAUACCUUUGGGCCAAUUUGCCAUUGGACCGGGUCUUUGACCUGGACGACGCAGAUCCCGCGUUUGAGGAAGGGCUUGAUCACCAGGUCUAUGAACAAGCAGAAUGCCGCGUCCCAGAGCAAUCGCCAGCGCCGCCGCAGAUAGUCGUUUCCAGGAGAGGUCAAUCAGAUGGUUUUCUGGUUCAGCAACGGCCAUGCUCUGACGCUGAGUGGUUCCCGUCCUCAAAGUUUGCAGGGCGUCGCUGA